UCUGCAACAGAAUGAACUGGGAAUGAAUUUUUCUCUCUGUAACUCACUCAUCAACACUUCUUCAUCUUUCUAAACCCAGAUCUAAGAGUUGUGAAGCAGCGAAGAAUGUCUAUAGAGGAUCUUCCAGUGGACAUAAUUUCGAAUUUGCCAAUCGGUCUGAUCGGUGAAAUUCACUCUCACCUUCCAUGGAAAGAAGUAGUGAAAACUAGUAUAUUGUCGAAGAAAUGGCGAAGCAUUUGGUAUUCUCAUCCUAUAAUUUGGUUGGACGAAACGGAUUUUGGGGCAGACUAUACAAAUUACAGUUGUACAGACAAACCCAGAAGAGAUGCCUUCUUUACUCACAUGAUGGAGUUGUUAGAAAUCCGUGAGAGGAACUCUGAAUUGGACUACAGUGUUAACAAACUGUUUCUUCGAAUGACACUUGAAUACGAUCCUUCUGCUGAACAUCUGGUAAACAAGUGGAUUUCUUUUGCCUUGGAGAAAAAGGUUAGAAUGAUAUGUCUUGGUCUAAAGAAGAUUAAUCGUACUCUUUACUACCUGCGUGGAAUUGCAUUUUCCGGUACUGAAUUAGUUGGUUUAACUAUAUCGGAUUGUCACAUUACUAAUUGUUCAUUCAAGCUUCCUGCUCUUAAGCUUCUCUUUCUAUUCGCUGUUUGCAUUAAGGAUCAUGAUUUCAUGGAUCUCAUUGCUGCUUGUCCUCGAAUUGAAAAAUUACGUGUUCUGGAUACUCGAGAGUUGCAUACUAUUGUAGUUUCAAAUCCUCAUCUGAAAUUUUUUGGAGGGAAUCUUUCUUGUUCUAAUGGUAAAAUACGUAUAGAGUCUGCAGAGUUUGAUUCACUUGAAUUUUCAUUCACCAAGUACGUGUGUAAAGUAGAGAUUACUUCCGCCACAACUGUAAGAGAGUUGACAGUGCGAAAUGCUAAUAACCACGAGGCGUUGAUGCAUUUGAUAAAUAAAUUCCCUCUACUUGAGAAACUCAUCAUACAUGAUUGCAGUAGGUUGCAAAACCUUCAUAUUUCUCAACCAAAUUUGGCUAGCUUGGUGCUGAUGGAUUGCACGGUAGUACACUUGGUACGACUAACUACACCCAAGUUGAAAUCGUUGGAGUAUAAGGGUCAACACACAAAUUUUGAGGGCAUAGAAGAUUUGGAAGAACUGGAAUUCGUUCUGUUGUAUUUAGAACCUGUAGACAUGGAUACAUACUGGUGGUACAAAUGGCUUCGAGAUAUUUUGAAGUUGUGUGCUCGUUCCAAGCAUUUGAGUGUGAUUUGCAAUAGUCAAAAGGUUAUCAUCAUUCCUGAAUAUCUAAGACAUUUAGUGUCGAUAACUGAUAUGGAGCAUCUGGAGUUAGAAAUUAAAACACUUGAUGGUACUUUUAAAGAGGUUACAGAUGAGCUCAUCCGUAUUCUUCCAGAUUUGAAGACUUUGUCAUUGACUUUGGGUUCCACCACAAAGUUCUUCCAGAUUCGUAUAGACGAGGAUGGUGAUCUCUCCGCAGAAGAAGAAGCGCACAAUCCAAAACCUAAUAGGAGAGUAUCCAUUCUUAGAAGUAUGAUCAGCAAACAGAUUGGAGAAUGAUUUUGUUCUGUUUUUCUACUUACUUUGCAUGAUCCUCUGUUGACAAAAACUCAUCAAGUUACUGUUUGUUUCUCUACAUUUCGGUGAAGAAAUAUUUUGUUGAUUUGCUACAAUCAAAUAUUUCGUUAAUCUC